GCACAAGGCUUUACAGUAACAUGAAUUACGACAAAAACCCAUCAUCAUAUUUAGUUCUCCCCCUGAAAUCACUUUCUGAAAUUUCUUGUUUCAUCGGCGUUGACUCGAGCUAGACCAGUCAAGAAACUCCAUGGACAAACACAAGAUGAUAGCUAACAAGGAGGAGGAAGAUGAAUCAUCGUCCUCAUCGGUCCCGCUCUACGCCAUGCAACUGGCGACUUCAUCAGUCCUGCCCAUGGUCCUGAAGGCAACGGUCGAACUGGGCGUGCUCGACAUCUUGGAGGGAGAAGGCCCCGGCGCCAUGCUCUCUCCUUCGCAGAUCGCUUCCAAGAUUCCCAUCAGGAACAACCCGGACGCGCACGGCGUGCUUGAUCGGAUGCUCAGCCUCCUCGCUAGUCACUCGAUUCUCACCGUCUCUUUGGUAAAAGAUCGCCAGGGUGAUGGGGGUUGCAGAGUCUAUGGUUUGGCACCUGUGGCCGAGUACUUCUUGAGGAACCGAGACGGUGGCUCGUUGAGUGGUAUGAUGUUCAUGGUUCAGGACAGGGUCGUGAUUGAUUUCUGGUUCCACUUAAAAGAUGCAGUUCUGGAAGGAGGAGUUCCAUUUGAGAGGGCACACGGGAUGACCGGACCCUCAUACUUAGGGAAGGAUGCAAGAUUCUCCGAGAUUUUCAAGAACUCAAUGAAAGAAUACAACAAAUUGGUCAUGUCGAAAAUCUUCGACACAUACAAGGGUUUUGAAGGGCUCAGCUCACUGGUUGAUGUAGGAGGUGGCGAUGGUUCCACUCUUAGCAUGAUCAUUUCCAAGUACCCUCACAUUAAGGCGAUCAACUUCGAUCUGGCAUCGGUUAUCGAGAAGUCGCCUUCUUAUUCAGGUAUAGAUUACAUUGCUGGAGAUAUGUUUGUAAGUAUUCCAAAAGGAGAUGCGAUUUUCAUUAAGUGGGUACUUCACAUGUUUGAUGAUGAACAAUGUAUCAAGAUCCUCAAGAACUGCUACUACGCGUUGCCAGACAAUGGAAAAGUAAUGGUGGUCAAUUUGGUGAUUCCAGAAGUGCCUGAAGCCAAUCUUGCUGCUCAAAGCUUGUAUCAAAUGUUCGUGUUCACGCGGAGCGUGAAUCCAAUGGGAAAAGAGAGAACCGUGAAAGAGUUUGAGACUAUAGCGAAAGAGGCGGGAUUUUGCAGCAUUCGAGUGGCCUAUUCCGCUCAUAAUUUCUCCCUUGUUGAGCUAUACAAGAACGCCAAAUCUUGCUAAUUGGAUGCUUCACAUUGGCCAGUGCUUGCCCAGCUCAUCAGUAGAGAGGGAUGUUUAACAAAUAAUGUAUGCUUGAUCAUGUACAAUAAAGAGAUUAGCUGCUAAGUGAAACGCCCCUUUAAAUUUCCUCAGAGAGAGAGAGAAGACAUUAUGUAAACUGCUAUAUACAUAACGUAUUUUGCCUAAUAAAAAAUGGGAUAAUACCAU